UAAUAUUAAGGUGCACUCUGAUGGGCACAACAAAGAAUGUGCCCAUCAACGUGUCCCUUAACAUAAAAUGUAUCCAUCAGAGUGCCCCUUAUUUCAUAUAAACGUGCUCAUCAGAGUGCCCAUUAUUAUAAAUGUGUCCAUCAGAGUGCCCCUUGGUAUAAAAUGUGUCCAUCAGCAUGCCCCUUAUUUCAUGUUAAGGGGCACUCUGAUGAGCACAUUUUAUGUUAAGGGCACUCUAAUGGGCACAUUUUAUGUUAGGGGGCACUCUGACGGGCCCAUUUAAUGUUAAGGGUUCACAAAUGGGCACAUACUGUGGAAAGGGGCACUCGGAUGGGCACAUGUGAUGUAAAGGGGCACUCUGAUGGGGAAUAUUAUGUAAAGGGGCACUCUGAUAGGCAAAUCUGAUGUAAAGGGGCACUCUGAUGGAGACAACUGAUGUGAUGGGAAUACAU